CGUACACGAAAAUGGCAGAAGAUUAAUGACGUUCACAAAAGUGGUGCAUGCUGGGAGAACACGUGGGUAAUUUCACUGAAGCUGUUGUUUUGAUACUCUGCCAACAACUUUGCCAUCAUGGCUUCCAAAAAGGGCCAAAGCGUUGAUGACCGCUUCCAGAAAGUGAAAAAGGACCCGCGCUUCUGGGAAAUGCCUGAGAGAGAGCACAAAGUAAAGAUUGACAAGCGCUUCCAGGCCAUGUUCCAUGAGGAUCGGUUCAAGCUCAAGUACACAGUCGACAAACGUGGUCGACCCAUCAACCACACCUCUUCUGAGGAUCUGAAGCGUUUCUACAAUCUCUCUGACUCAGAGGAGGAAAAGAAGGAUGGGAACAAUAAAGAAGAGAAGAAGAAAAAAAAGAAGACAAAAGCUAAAGCAUACCCUAGGGAGGAAGUGAAUGAGAAAGCAGCAGAUCCUGAAAAGCCAGCAAGAAAAGGUAAAGGUUCAGAGCCCAUGCAGAGUGGACCCAAAGAAGACCAGCCUGUCAGAGGGGUCCGAGUAUGUGAAGAGGACCGUGCUGUUUUAACAGGAGACGAAGAGGAGGAUAACGAAGAGCAACAGGCCGAAAGAGAUGUGGACCUGGUGGGCACUGUCACAGACGGUAGUGAAGACGAAGACGAGGACGAUGACGAAUCCGAGGAGAGUGAAGUGGGGAGCGGCUCAGAGGAUGAGUCCGGCUCAGAGGAUGAGUCCAGUUCGGAGUCCGACGAGGACAGCGACGGCAGCGGGCCGGAUCUGGCCAGGGGGAAAGGCAACGUGGAGACCAGCUCGGACGAGGACGACGAGGAUGACGUGGAAGCCAUCUUGCGGCGUGAGGAAACGGAGAUUGAGCACGACUGGGGGGAGCUGUGCAAGGACGCACCGCGCAGCGAGGAGGUAACCCAAAGGAUUGCUGUUUGUAAUAUGGACUGGGACCGGAUGAAAGCCAAGGACCUGCUGGCUCUGUUCAACUCAUUCAAGCCUAAAGGGGGUGUCGUGCUCUCCGUGAAGAUCUUCCCUUCAGAAUUUGGGAAAGAGCGGAUUCAGCAGGAACAGACCCAGGGGCCCUUAGAGCUGAUGGCCCUGCCAGAGGAUCCAGAGAAAGACACUGAGGAGGAGAAGAUUUACAGAGAAAAGAUGCGCGACUAUCAAUUCAAACGGCUGAAGUACUAUUAUGCCGUGGUGGAAUGCGACUCAACUGAUACAGCGACUAAAAUCUACCAGGAGUGUGACGGCUUUGAGUAUGAGAGCAGCUGCUCCAUUCUGGAUCUCCGGUUUAUCCCAGACGACGUGACGUUCGACGAGGAGCCGAAGGACACGGCCACGGACGUGGACCUCUCCGCAUACACCCCGAAGCUCUUCACCUCCGCGGCGGCUGCCACUUCAAAGGUGGAGGUGACCUGGGAUGAGACGGACCACGAGCGCGUUACUGCCAUGAACAAGAAGUUCGACAAGGAUGAGCUGCUGCAGAUGGACUUCAACGCCUACCUGGCCUCCUCCAGCGAAGAAGACGACGACGAGGGUGAAGAGAUGGAGGCGCAAGAGAAGGAAGAGAAUCUUCCAGAGGCUAAACAGCCAGAAGAGCCCAUUCAAUUGGAGAAGAAGACCAAGAAAGGGAAGAGCAGCACCGAGCAGAUAGAGAAAUACAGAGAGAUGCUGAAGAUCAUCCAGGAGCAGGAGAAGAAGAAGGAGGACAAAGGCAUGGAGAUGGAAAUCACUUGGGUGCCAGGACUGAAAGAGACAACUGAACAGCUGGUGAAGAAGAAGCUUGAAGGGAAGGACAAAAUGACUCCCUGGGAAAAUUUCUUGGAGAAGAAGAAGGAGAAGAGAAAGAAGAAAAAGUCCAAAGGAGUGCAGGAGUCCGAUCAGUCAGACCUCAGCGAUGAUGAGCUUCCUCCGGAUGUUGACCUAAACGAUCCAUUCUUUGCCGAAGAGCUCGGUUCUACCGAUCUGAAAAAGAGAGGAAAGGGUAAGAAAAACAAAAAGGUGGAAGAGAAGACCCCUGAGGAGUUGGAGGAGUUGGAGAAACAGAAGGCUGAAAUGGCCCUGCUCAUGGAAGACGAGGACGACAACAAGCACCAACACUUCAACUACGAUAAGAUCGUUGAGGAGCAGAACCUGAGCAAGAAGAAGAGGAAGAAGCUUCUGAAGAAGGACAGCGCCUGCUUGGAGGAGGACGAAUUCCAGGUGGAUGUGAAGGACCCUCGUUUCCAGGCCAUGUUCACCUCCCACCUCUACAAUCUAGACCCAUCCGAUCCAGGCUACAAGAAGACCAAAGGAACCCAGAGCAUUCAGGCUGAGAAGCAGCGCCGCAGGGAGGCGCAUCAGCGCGACCAGGACCAGAAGCCUGAGGGCUCACAAGACCUUCCCAAACAGGAAACACAGGCCAAGAAGCAGGAAAUGGGAGAAGAGAAACAGGAAACAGAUGGCACAUGUCCGGCAGUGGCUGAACAAAACAAAAAAAUGGACCCCAGUCUGUCUCUCCUCAUUAGGUCUAUCAAGAGCAAAACAGAGCAGUUUCAAGCCCGGAAGAAGCAGAAGACCAUGUAGAACUUUGUGACUGGACUUUUUAAAUCUGUGUCAAAGGGGUUAUGGGCUAUGCCCUUCAACAGCAGCAAUCUGCUACAUUGCACAUUUUCAGUGUGUUUGGGAGGAUACCGUUGAUGUGUGUGAGGCCUCAGUGUGUGGCAUGAACUAUUAAGUGGCCUGGUCAGGAACAAAGUUGAUGGUAUCAUUAGAAUAGCUCAGACCUUGACACACUUUUAAAACCAUGUUCUGAGGUACUGCCAGCAGUAAAUGUUGGUUGUAAAGAUUGCUGGAGUUUUACUCCUGCUUGAAGUGCCAUUAAGGUGACAGGAAAUGUUUGGCCUGUUUUUUCUCAGUUCAGUUUGUCUCCUUUUAAGACAUUAUAAAAAAACCUACACUGCACACAA